CUCCCGGCGUGUUGUUGCAGUGCGCCUCGAUAACCCCGCUGAAAGAAGACGAGGGACUGCGUCGGAUCGACCUUGACCGCCCCGUCGUCUCCAAAGCGCGAUAGAGCGAGAGGUGGCGUCACGGUUUUCACAGUCCGCCAAAAAUGUCAGAAGAAAGAAAAGCUUGUCUUUCGGCUGAGUAAUCCCUGAGGAGGGCCUGUCUUUCCGGCCUCCCUUGUGUGUGACGGUGAGGAAAGCCCGUCGCCGGCGUGCUGAUGUCGUGCCGUGCUGCGGCGUGCUGCGUUGCUAGGCGACCGGUGACGUCGGUCACUCGACGUCACAAUGAUGCGUUUUUGUUUUUCACCACCGCGCGGUCUCUGCGGUCCAAGACCGAGGGACCGAGGGCAGCCCGCCAGUGUGCCAGUGUGCGGCAGGGCAUGGAGCAGGCCGAGGCGGCCGACAACGAGACCGGGACUAAUUAAAGGCAGACCGCAGCCAUGUGGGUGAGCAGCACGGUGCGGCCGCUGACGGGCCUAGCGGGGCUCUGGACGGCGACGCGGAGCUUGUCCAGCAGGACGGCCAGCAAGAAGAUCGGCAUCCUCGGCGUCCCCUUCGAGAAGGGCCAGAGGAACCAGGGCGUGAGCGGCGGGCCGCGCGCCAUCCGGGAGGCCGGCCUGGCACACGCGCUGCGAGCUUUGGGCCACGAUGUCGAGGACUUCGGCGACGUCUCGUACGACCACAUCCCGGACCUGGUGGGCCCCGAGAACAUGGACAAGUACCAGCACGUGGUGGCCUGCAUGCACCAGGUGUCCACCCUGGCGCGGCGCAUCCACGCUGAGGGCCGCGUCUGCCUGGCGCUGGGCGGCGACCACUCCGUGACCAUCGGCACCGUGGACGCCACCGUCAACGCGCACGAGGACGUGGCCGUCAUCUGGGUGGACGCGCACGCCGACCUGAACACGCCGGCCACGUCGCCGUCGGGCUCGGCCCACGGCAUGCCCGUGGCCCUGCUGGCCAAGGACCUGUCCGACUACUGGCCGUACCUGCCCGGCAUGGACUGGCAGGUCCCAAAACUUCCGCUCAGCAAUCUCGCCUACAUCGGCCUGCGAUCCGUGGACGAGUUUGAGAGGCUGACGAUGGAGAAGUUCAACGUGUGCGCGUUCGGCAUGCAGGACGUGGAGAGCCUGGGCAUCACGGGCACGGUGGAGCUGGCGCUGCGGCACGUGGACCCGCACAAGCGGCGCGCCAUCCACCUCAGCUUCGACAUCGACGCCCUGGACUCGCUCGAGGCGCCCAGCACCGGCUGCCCGGUGCGCGGCGGGCUGACGCUGCGCGAGGCCAUCCACAUCAUGGAGAAGGUGCACGAGACGGGGCGGCUGGCCGCCGUGGACCUGGUGGAGGUGAACCCCAACCUGGGCAGCGCGCGCGACGUGCAGACCACGGUGCAGGCCGCGCUGCAGGUGCUGCUGGCCGCCUUCGGCCACUCGCGGCUCGGCAACAUGCCGCGCUCCGCCGAGAUCCCCCUCACCAAGGGCGCCACCCUCAAGCGGGACGCGUAGCGCGCGAAGCGCCGAUCCGGACCUAUCAUUGUUGUUUGUGCCACUUUUCCGUUCCGAGAAAAGCGAGUGAAUGUGUAUGACUGCCGUGCAGUCCUCAAACAGUGUACCUGUUGCGGCGGCAGCCGCCUCUUAGCCUAUUGUUCUCUGCUCUUCGUGGUCGAGAGGAAGGCAGUGAAAUGUGACAAUAAACAAGACUAGCGGUUUCUCUUCUAA